AUGUCUAUCCUCAUCGAAGAACCGUCAGACGAAGAGUACAAGAUAGUCAAAGAUUUCUUGCAACCGAAAUCAACGAUCUUUGCCAAGCUUCUGAAGGUUCAAGACGAAGUAUGGAAGUCUCCCAAAGCUGAUGAAUACUUUAAAAACCAAAAGGCGCGUGCUGUUCAAAUCGUGUCCGAAGAACAAAGGGCAAACUUUUUCAACAUGAUGACGAAAAUCGGUGACUACUUCCAAGAUCAAGAAAAGUUGAUCCCUCCUCCAUCGAAGAGAAUGAACUUUGACGUUCUUGACCUGUGUAUGGCUCCUGGAGGGUUCUCCGCAACUGCCUUGAAAUACAACCGUUUCGCACAAGUCUGCGCCAUCAGUCUACCCACGGACGAAGGUGGACUUGAAAUAUAUCUCCCAAACUGGCAGGAAAACAAACGACUCAAAGUCAAGCUGUUGAAUCUCACUAUGCUCUCUGCAGAGCUCGGGUUCCCGACCUUGGCCUCGCAGGAUCAACCCUCGGCAUCCAAGUUUUCAAACCACAUACCGUAUGCAGGACGGCAAUUCGACUUGAUAUUCUGCGACGGGCAUGUUCUUCCAACAAUUGAGCCAGAAGAGAACUCAGCAUCGGAAAUUCGUCGGCUUGCAGAUGCACAAAUUAUUAUGGCAUUGCAACGAAUCAAGUCUGCUGGGACCAUUGUGGUGCUUUUGCAUCAGGUCUACAGCCCGCGAGUUUUGCGGCUUCUGAAAGCAUUUGACAAUAUCUCUCAGAUUAGUCUUUUCAAACCCCCCUUUUGUCACGCAAAAAGGACUUCGUUUUAUCUCGUGGCGAAAAAUGUGGAUCCUCUACAUGAAGUCGCGGGUCGCUUGGUUCGGGAUAUGAGAGAUUCAUGGAGGGUACGUACAGCCAAUGCUUUUGGAUUAGAAAUUCCCGGAGACCCAAGGGAAAUAGGUGGCAACGGGGAGAACAUGGAAAAUAUCUUGCAGUCAUUUGGGGGGAAACUGAUUACUCUUGCCGAGCCUGUAUGGAAGAUUCAGACAGAGGCUAUGGAAAAGGCAUUUUUAGGAGGAAGAAAUUGA